AUGCAACCCAGCGACGCCAAACUGUACCGCAACAGCCUGUCCCGGGCCCUGAGGAGCUACAGCGCGGCCGUGAGCGACAUGGAGCGGACCAUCCUGGUGCCCAGCCUGCUCCGGGACGUGCCCUCGGACGAGCUGAGGGACUGCGAGGAGAGCCGGGACCUGUAUGAGAGCUACCAGAUGCUCAAAGCCAUCAGGACCAGCGCGGAGAGCAGUUUGGGGUCUCAGGUGGAGCGGAAGGUGCAGGCCGGGGUGUCCAGCCUGGAGCCAGUGCUGGACGCGGAGGGCCUGUUCCACUUCCACCUCUGGGGACUGUUCUCGGUGAUGAGAGAUUUGACCGUGCGGACCCAGAACCUAACGGAGAAGUACAAGGAGAUCAUCGGGGUUGCAGACUGA